AUGUCGACUGAGGUUAUCGACCCCUAUGGAGAUAUUAUUGUCGCUUGUUCAAACGUCAACUUCCUCGUCUCCUCCAAUGCACUGUCGCUGGCUUCACCAGUCUUCUAUAGCAUGUUCAGGCCUGGCAUCAAAGAAGGACUUGCAGUUAGAGGAAUCCCGGGCAGCUUGGACGUCCCGGUUAUCCCAUUCCCGGACGAUGACUCCGAUACCUUUCUCCUUUUCUGCAAUCUAGCGCACCACAAGUUACCGGCUCUACCAGAGACUUUGAAUGCGACCUUGUUGAAGGACCUGGCGGUUUUCAUUGUCAAAUAUGCAUGCCGUCCGGCUAUCAUCGACCGCGGUUGGCUCUGGAUAACCAAGGAUGAACUGUCCGCCGAGCUGUCGCCGGAAGACUGCUGGAAUGCUCUGCUAUUUGCAUAUGCAAUGGACCUUCCAGACAGGUUUUCUUAUUUUUCCGGCAAGUUGCUGUCGUCACGGCGACAGAGUUUCAGCAACUGGGAUUAUGCCCUUGCGAACUUGGAAUUUAUCCCGCAUCAUGUUCUAGAACAAUUGGAUAUCAAGCAGGCUCUGCUACAUUUCAAUGUUGAGACCGCUCUCAUGGAGAUCGUGUCCGUAGCCCAGACCAAGUCUUCCAAGGAGUGUCGGAAGUUGAAGAUGUUUCUCGGGUCCUAUUCUCAAAUUUUGUGGAAAGCUGGCAUUCUACCUGGCAUGCUUGAACUUCGUCGAAAGACCCUCCCUCAAAUCAUGCAAUGCGCUCUGGGUCUUCCAGCCAUCAGUUAUAACCCUGGUUCGGGCGAAUGCGAUGGCUACUACAACGAGUGUUAUUGUUCCCACGCUAAUGAGCUCGAUAUCAAACAACACCUGCUGAAAGAAUUGAUGAAAUGCGCUGAGGAUGAACAAGCCGGAAUAUGCUUGUUGUGUGUCAAGCGUGAACCUUGCGAUAAGCACCCAAGACUCCAUAAGGAAGACGGAAACCUGGGCAAUGAAGAGAAAGAAGUCAGUGGUCCUGCGAUUUGA